UGUGGUCCAGGAUGGCCUGGCGGCGGGUCCCAGUCUGCGGGCUGGUGCUGCGGGUGGCGGGCGAUGGUUGGUUGGACUGAGACGGGCCCGGCAGGGUUGCGGAGCUGGAGGGGGUGGCAGUGAGCGGCGGCAGAGGCUGUGGGGUUCCAUUUGGCUGACUGGGGAGGCGGCAGGCGGCAGGAGCCAUGCGGGGCCCGUGGAGCCUGCUGCUGGGGCCUGCCCGCCUCUGCCUGCGCCUGCUUCUGCUCCUGGGCUCCAGGCGCCGCCGCCCGCCUCUGCUCCGGGGCCUGGUACAGCGCUGGCGCUACGGCAAGGUCUGCCUGCGCUCCCUGCUCUACAACUCCUUUGGGGGCAGUGACACCGCUGUCGAUGCUGCCUUUGAGCCUAUCUACUGGCUGGUGGACAACGUGAUCCGCUGGUGUGGGGUGGUGUUCGUGGUGCUGGUGAUUGUGCUGACCAGCUCCAUCGUGGCCAUCGCCUACCUGUGUGUCCUGCCUCUCAUUCUCCGAACGUACUCAGUGCCACGGCUCUGCUGGCACUUCUUCUACAGCCACUGGAAUCUGAUCCUUAUCGUCUUCCAUUACUACCAGGCCAUCACCACUCCACCUGGAUACCCACCCCAGGGCAGGAAUGAUAUCGCAACAGUCUCCAUCUGUAAGAAGUGCAUUUACCCCAAGCCAGCCCGAACACACCACUGCAGCAUCUGCAAUAGGUGUGUGCUGAAGAUGGAUCAUCACUGCCCCUGGCUAAACAACUGUGUGGGCCACUAUAACCAUCGGUACUUCUUCUCUUUCUGUUUUUUCAUGACUUUGGGCUGUGUCUACUGCAGCUAUGGAAGUUGGGACCUUUUCCGGGAAGCUUAUGCUGCCAUCGAGAAAAUGAAACAGCUCGACAAGAACAAACUACAGGCGGUUGCCAACCAGACUUAUCACCAGACCCCACCACCCACCUUCUCCUUCCGAGAAAGGGUGACUCACAAGAGUCUUGUCUACCUCUGGUUCCUGUGCAGUUCCGUAGCACUUGCCUUGGGUGCCCUAACUGUAUGGCAUGCUGUUCUCAUCAGUCGAGGUGAGACUAGUAUCGAAAGGCACAUCAACAAGAAGGAGAGACGUCGGCUGCAGGCCAAGGGCAGAGUUUUUAGGAAUCAUUACAACUACGGCUGCUUGGACAACUGGAAGGUAUUCCUGGGUGUGGACACAGGAAGGCACUGGCUUACUCGGGUGCUGUUACCUUCCAGUCAUCUGCCCCAUGGGAAUGGAAUGAGCUGGGACCCCCCUCCCUGGGUGACUGCUCACUCAGCCUCUGUGAUGGCAGUGUGAGCUGGAUUGUGUCAGCCACAGCUUGAGCACCACUCUGCUUCCUGCAUUGUCUCAAGGGCCUCCAAGGAUAGCUUCUUGGAAUCCUUGGGCAAAAAGAGUCAGUGGGCCUGCCUUCGAGUACCAUGCAGGGACAACUCAAGGACCAAUCUCCUGGCUACUGCAGAAACAAGGCAUGAUGUGGAAAAAUCCUAGGACUGACGGACCUUUACUCAGCUCAGGCAAACUGAAGUUCCAGCCCCACACUGGAGAUUAGGCAGCUAGCAACCUUGCCAGGUGCUGACCCCAACCUCCUCCAGGUUCCAGCACUGGGGUUGGCCACCACCUCUUCCACUUGCUAUCUGAGAAAACACCUGAACAGUACAAUGGAGAUUCUGGCUUCUCAACAGGGCAAGACACCAGUCCUACUGCUGAGGUCACUGCCACUUCUCACAUGCUGCUGAAGGUGAAAAAUAAAGGUAUUUGAUUUUUAAAGAUA